GGGGAGGAUCCGGGCUCGGUGGAAGAGGCGGAGCCGCGGAAGGUCAAACCGAGGGAAGGAGGAGGAAAAGGCGCUGAUCCCAACCAGCCACCGCCGCCGCUGGAUUCCCCCCCCCCACACCGCCUUGGAACGUUCGCCCCCAGGCGGCCGCGCGAUUGGCUGCCCGGCGUUCUAACCCCCCGCUGGGGGGGGGGGGAAGCUGAGACUCAACGUUCUAAACAGGCGCCGAACGUUCUAAAAAGGCAACUCAACGUUCCAUCGGGGCGCUUCGGAUACACGCGGGGAUUUUUUUGCGGGUUUUUUUGUUUCCUCCCAACACGAGGAGGAGGAGGAGGAGGCGGCGGCGACCCUUUCCCCCACCUCCUUUUUCUCUCUCUCCUCUCCUUCUCCAUUCGCGACGGGGUUUGCGAUUCCGUUUCUCUCUCUUCUUUUCUUUCUUUUUUUCUUUUAAUCCCUCCAUUCCUCUCCCCAUGGAAGACGUCGGCGCCUUGGUGGCGGCUUACUCCCGGGGCCUGGCCGGCGGCCUCGGCGUGACCGCGUGCGCCGCCGCCGCUGCAGGCGGAGUCUUGCUUUAUAAAAUCGCGCGAAGGCCGAAGCCCACCCACACGACCGUCAACUGCUGGUUUUGUAACCAGGAUACCGUGGUGCCGUACGGGAACCGCAAUUGCUGGGAUUGCCCGAAUUGUGAGCAGUACAACGGAUUUGAAGAGAAUGGCGAUUACAACAAGCCAAUCCCAGCUCAAUACAUGGAGAAUCUAAACCACGUCAUUUGUGGGGCGGGGGCCUUCUACGAUCCCACCAAGCCUCAGCAGUGGGUCAGCAGCCAAGUUCUCCUUUGUAAGAAGUGUAACAACCACCAGACGAUGAAGAUCAAGCAACUGGCGUCCUUCACACCCCGAGAAGAGGGCAAAUAUGAUGAAGAAAUCGAAGUAUACAAACACCACUUGGAGCAGACCUACAAACUCUGCCGGCCCUGCCAAGCCGCCGUCGAAUAUUAUAUCAAGCAUCAGAACCGCCAGCUUCGAGCUCUUCUCCUCCGGCACCAUUUCAACAACCGGAAAAGCGACAAGAGUUACAUGCAGAGUUUUUACGCCUCGGCUUCUGCCGGCAAUACCACCCCGCUGCGAGUGAUCCUGCUGCGGAUUCUGGCCUUCCUCAGUUGCGCCGUUCUCGUGGCGAUGGCCCUGUACGGGUCAGGAGAUCCAUUUUUCUCGGGUUCUGCCACACCGCCGGUCCUGCCAAGCCCAGGUCUGUCGAGGAACAAGACUGGGCCACCGCCAGUGAUCCUGCCACGGAACGGCUCCCUCCUGGAAUCGACGAGCUGGCAGGAGGCAGUCCAGUCUCUUUCCGGGCGAGCCGUGGAGAUGCUGGAAGCGGCCUGGGUCUACGGGAAGAACCAUCAAACGGCUGUGGUCGUCUUGGGGCUUUUCACUUGUAUCCUGGCCAUGUUGCUGGCCGGGCGGAUCAGGCUCCGACGCAUCGACGCCUUUGCUGCUUUCCUGUGGCUGCUGGUGAUGGGCUUUCACGUGGUAGAGAAGUAUCUGCAAGUGGACAUCCCCAGCUGGGUGGAGACCGCCAAGUUUGGCACCACCUCCCUGUGCUGCUUGGUGGGGUUCGCAGCCGCCGUGGCCACGCGGAAGCCCGGGGGUCAGUGGAGACCUCGGCCCCGAAGGUUUUCUUCAGGAGACCAGGUGGCCAUGUUCCCCAGCAGUGCCGAGUUCAGCUUUGCCUAUCCUUCUCCUCCCCUCCCUUUCAUCCCCAGUCCUCCCAGUAUCCUCCAGUUGAACCAGCGGCUUUUCUGCUCCCCACGCCGGACGUCGUCCUCGUCUCUGCCCGGACGGCUGAAUCGGGCCCUUUCGCUCGGUACGAUUCCUUCCCUGGCCAGGACUGAUUCGGGCUACCUGUUCAGCGGAAGUCGGCCGCCCUCGCAGGCCUCCUGCCCCAAGGAUUGGGCAGCCUCAGAAUAUUUCUCGGUCCUCUCCGGUAGCUGCAUGCCCUCUCCGGCAUCCUCGCCGGCACCGUCAGUGGCCGGCUCCGUAGCAUCCAGCUCCAGCUCCUUGCGCUUCCGCCGGCCCCUGAUCAGCCCCGCUCGGCUGAACCUGAAAGGGCAGCAGCUGCGACUCUUCAGGGGGCAAAGCACAUUCCAUCACGGGGAAGAUUUCGCCUCUUUGGAAAACAGCCCGUUCGCCCCGGAGCGGUCCGUCUUCCCCAAAAUGCCCUUCGGAGAGCAGGGCCCGCCAGAUGUGACAGCGGCCAGCAGCGUCUCCACCGAGGAUUCAGGGAAAAAGGCAGAUGGUUCUUCCCACUCGUCAAAUUGUGUGGUUGACACCACAACGAAAGAAGAACCUUCAGGCUGGAAAGGCUGCUUCGGGAACCUGCUCCUCCGAGGUCUCCUGGCCCUCAGCCUGACCGCCAACGCCAUCUUCACCUCGGCCUACCUCUACCAAACGUUGCGAUGAGCCUCCGCUUUUCCCACGCACACCUUCUCCACCCCCCCCC